AUGGCCCCAACGCUAAGGGCGGGUAGCGCCGACCCUUCCGUCGAGAAAGCCUGGGUAGCGGCGUGGACCCCUGUCCUUGCUUCCGCUGUUCUAGGUUCGGUGCUAACUAUUGCUGGCAUCUCUGUCUAUGUACGUUUCUUUCGCCGUUUCCCAACUUCGGACGCAGUGAGGCCCGUCGUCCUUGCUGAGAGGAGAUGGAUCAAGGGUGUUGUGACGAGGCAAGUGGUACGAAAACGUAACCGGAAGAAAGGCGAUAUCGUUGGGGAUGGUGAUAAUUUUCGACUGUACCACACUCCCGGCCCGCUUUGGAGCAAGUUUCGACGCGUGCCGGAUACGUCGAAAGAGCUUCAAAACAAGACGAUUCAUAUUAGGCUUUCGGCAGUUGAUGCGCCUGAGGCGGGUCACUUCGGCCGGCCACCCCAACCUUAUGCUUCUGAAGCUAUCGCUUGGCUCAAAUCACUUAUCCAGGGCCGUAGAGUUCACUGCCAACUCGUUAGAAGAGAUCAAUAUGGGCGUAUUGUCGCUAACGUCCACCUUCCACCUCGAAUACUACCCUCACCGUUAUUUACUGGGAAGAACGUGAGUUAUGAGAUGAUCCGUGCCGGGUGGGCAACUGCUUAUCUGCAGUCGGGGGCUGAAUACGGUGCCAUCGGCAAGGAAGGGUUCCUCAAGGCCGAGGCGGAUGCCAAGGCUGCUCGUCGGGGAAUGUGGGCGAAGGGGCUAUCCGUCGAGACCCCUGCUGAGUAUAAACGACGAUUUGCUUCGGAUCCCAUCAAAGGCGGCGCGCAAGUUCCCCAAACAACCGAGAGGACCACGGGAUUUCUACGGAACCUAUGGCCUUGGAGGAGCUAG